AGUUACGUCGGGCGUUUGAACGAUUCGAACGAGUGGGGCUGCAACCCCGUAUAUUCGCACGAUCCUACUUCCAUCCCUUGGACAUCCGGACGGUUUCGGGCGCGGGCGCGUGUGUUAUCCAAGGGUUCGUCAGUACUUUAGGUGUCCCUACGUAGAUCAUCCCAGUUCGGAAGGUACGAGGUUCUCGAACAGUGAUAAUUAGUGUGUUGUUCUUUCUGGAAAACUGGGCCACGUUGAGCCGCAUACGCAGAUCGGUGCUGAAGAAGCAGAAGACACACCGGUAUUGUUUUUCGAUUUCUGUUGCGGAUCGAGUUCAGUAGUGCUGUUCCCAUAAUUUGAGGAAAAGAUUGGUGGAAACGCAACCACUGUUGAGAAAAUUUGUGUGUGCGAGGAAAGGCAAGCAAAGUGGGAAAUUAUCGGUUCAUUUAUCGUGAUUAUAAACGGUGUGCCGUGUGCGGGGCGCGAUUUGAUCGAAGAAUCGUUUGCCGCGAGGUGUACGGUGUUGUUUAUCGCGCGCGGUGGCGAAUAAAGGCCACCACCAGCACCGAUCCGGACCCGUUGCGGGUUAUUACUUUUCUCGCGUUUGUGUGCCCGUUCUUCUCCCUCCGUUUGUUUGAACAACAACAAGCAGCGAGUCCCGGGUGCAGUCAAUUUAUGCUCUUAGCCGAUAAAAAUCGCCAACUGCAGAGGUGCCGGUUAACUGCUUAUGAUUCCCAGGAAAUCUACGCGGUCGAUUAGAGACUGACUACUCUGCCCAAUGGUCAUCAUCAGUUCCAUCGUGACUGGCUGUGCUCUGAUUGAAGAAUGUUGAUAAUAACGGUGGCAGAAUAGAGUGGGAGGUCGAGAGUUCGUGGAAAUCUGAACCUCGGCGAUUUCGGGAGGUCCAGCCAAAGUAAAGUGGCGGUGCGACGAAGAUGAUGAUUUAGUGUGUUUACGUGAUUGUUUCGUUUGCUCGCAGGAAGAAAGUGAUUAGAGGGCCAAAAGUGAAACGAAGAAGAGUUGUGCAAACACACGAAAGAAGGCUCAAAGUUUCCGUGUCAACAACGACGAAAGGCAGAGCUAUAUGUGUAGCUAGUAGUAAGUGUGUGCCCAGAAAGGAUUAACGAGCGUCAAAAGUCGACGCCGGAGUGUGAUUUCCUUGUGAUUCCCAGCAGGGUGUAUGUGAAAAAGGAGGAAGCAAAACAGAAAAGGAUAACCUCGUCAUCCCUUGAAGGAGGUUGCUUUCUGCUUUUUGUGAGUGUAUGUUUUUAAAAAGAGAAACGAGUCAGUGGGGAAGACAACGGCAGCAACUACUUUGACGGUGAACAAACAUUUUAAUUGAAUGUCAUCAGAAGGAUAAAAAGACGAAAGUCGAAAGACGGAGCAGCACGCUUGCCAAAGGACCGCAUGCAAGGAGAUACACAAAAAAAACGAACGGUGUCAUCCUGUGUCGUCUGCUUUGGAAAGAACGGUCGUUUGAGGAGCUCUUUGGCAGAGAUAAAAAGGUACGAUAAUCAACUGAAACGUAAACCAAUUCCCAACAAAAAAAGGUAUCACCUGGUCCAAUAGGAUUUCGACCCCGGGCUGCAACUCAACCAACAGCUUCACAGCCUGCCAACCGACCGACCGUGGAGGAUCGUCCUUUCGUGUUCAGUCAUCGUCGCGAAUGCCAUGCAACCGGUCGUCCUCGUUGUCCUCGGGUGUGGUGUGAGCGUUCGAGAGCCUCGGUAGCAGAGCAGAGGCAGAUGACGCAAGCGGGAAGCUGAUUGCGCAGGCAGGCAGCGACGACGGUGUGAGAGUAAUAUGUUACGACUAGGACAACUAGUUCUGGCAAAGGAGUACUAGCACCAGCAGGGAUAUUUAUCCGAACAAACGGACGGAAGUGCUGCCGCUCGUGUCGUGGAGCACACAUGUCGGUGGAAAAUUUAUAAGAGUGCUGUUUCAAUUUGUGUGAAAGCGAAUCAAGCGAAUGUGGAUGUGAAGUGAAAAUCCCCAUUUUUUGUCACGCUCGGGAGAAAAAUUGCCAUUCACGUGGAUAAGCCGGGAGGGAAAUGUGAAUGGGUGUGUGAAUGCUUCAGGGGGCUACCGGAAUAAAUAGUGAAUAGGAAGAAAAGUGGUCUCCUUUGUGCACUUGGUCCUCGGUCGGACGAUCGUUGGAUGAAUAGUUUUUUUUUUUCGUUAUGUGUUUCUCGUAUGUCUUCUGUAGCUAAGCGGGCCAAUUUUCCGACAAGUCGUUGAGAUCUGUUAGAGAGGGGCAAGUGGUAGGGCAACGGGGUUUUCCUCUCAAUUUCAUCAAUGUUCUUGUUCCGCCGCUAGUAGGUUGUUGAAACAAAAGAAGAAGAACGAGCCAAAGUGAAAAGUCAGUACCAUCACCGUGUAGUGGUAAUCGUGUCGUCAGGAAGAAAGGAAAUUCAGUGUGCACGGAAGGGAACGACGACGACGACGAAGAGCGAGUGUAAUUAAAAAUUUAUUGAAAAAAUCUUAAUUAGAAAACAGCACAAUAAGUGAAAGCGUGUGACGUUCGGGGGAAAUUAUUUGCUUGAACGGAAGAACGGAGCAAUUGAGAGAACGACGAAGGUGUACGGAUAGUCGGAAAGCUGUGCUCGUAUGCAACCACCGGAAAGUUGAUAGCAGCGGGUACCAUCGACCAUCGACACCACCGUUCGUGGAGACAAAGCAUCGCAGCCGUCGCCGGCACGGACAACCCAUCAAGUUCCUUCCUCGUUGACGUACGGGGGACCACGUAACAAAAUCUGAGUCCUGUCUACGGCAGCAACAGAAGCAGCAAGACCACACAAGACCGGCAACACAGCGAUUACAGGCGGUUACGACGGUUUUUCCCCUGCCAUGUGUGCCGCACUCUGAUGCAUUGUUAUAUCCGUGAACUGAGAUUGUACUCCGUACAAUAGACGACAUAACUCGUUUCUCUACCGCGCACCGCACGACGGUGUAUCCUGAUUUUUUUUGUCUGAUCCAAUCCAGAACACGUACACAUACACGUGCAUAGGUAGUGGGAGGUAACCCCGCGACCAAUGAGUGAAUGAAGCCACCAACUCCACCAACAAACAGCAGGAGCAAAAGCAGACCUUAGACCUUUCUAUUCUCUCUAUUCGGAACCAGAAACCCGUGCAAGGAAAGGCAGAUAACAUGAGCAUAAAUAAAGUUACGCUGUUUCAAUUAUUUAUUAUCGCGCUCUCGCUGGCGUCGGUAAUUGGCUCCAAAGUGAAUAAAGAGCGACAAUUGAGACAGCAGCACCAGAAGGAUGCUGCUGAACUUGGAUACUUCUCGGAUUCGCACGGACUUCCGACAAAGUUCGGUGACGAGGACGAUGUGAUAUUUGCCAAAAAGCACAACGAAAGUGGAAGCCCGCAUCUGCCAGGUGGUGGUGCUACCAUUGGCCAAGGAUCGGUGUCCAAUGUAAAACCGUCGCUGCUGGGUCACGGGAGCGACUACGAUGAUUAUGAUUAUGAAGAAGAACUGGAUCAUCCUGAAGACAAUGACAGCCAUGGUAAGGAUAAUGGCGCUAAUGGGCAUGGUCUGGAUUCCGGAGAUUACACGGAUGGAUUCGAUGGGGACGCAAUCGAUCAGAUUGAAAGUUUCGGUGAGGGAAGCGAUACUACCAGUUCGCUUCCGGUGUUUCUGGUGGAGCCCCAAAGUACAUACGUGAUCAAAAACCGACCAGCGGUGCUGCAGUGCAAAGCGUCGCAUGCCUUUCAGAUCUCAUUCAAAUGCAGCGGUGGCAAUAAGCCUCCACUGACAUCGUUGGAGACGCAUGUGGACCCACAUACCGGUGUGCAACUGCAGGAAGCCAGCACAACGAUCACUCGCGAGCAGGUCGACGAGUUCUUCGGCCGGGGACCGUUCAAGUGCGACUGCCAUGCCAGGUCCUCGCGGGGCGUUGUGCGGACACAACCUGCCACCAUUCAAGUCGCAUAUAUCAAGAGGCAAAUCAGCAUCACGCCAAAGUCGAUCCGCGUCGAGUUGGGUGGCCGGGCGGAGAUCAUUUGCAGCGUGAACGCCACCCCGGUCGCCAAGAUCUCCUGGCUCAAGAACGGCAUCCCCCUGCUCGCGAACGCACCGGUGGUGAUCACCGUCGACGAUAAAGCACUGAUCGCACACGUCACCAUGCAGGACAUGGCCAAUUAUACAUGUGUUGCGGAGAACAUUGCCGGCAAGCGUGUUUCGGACCCCGUCAGCCUCACCGUCUACGUUGACGGAGACUGGAGCUCGUGGGGUCCCUGGACGGAUUGCAAAUGUCCCGGUCACCCAAAGCAAGGUCAGAAACGAACCCGAGUAUGCAACAAUCCAUUGCCACUGAACAGUGGUGCUCCCUGCGUUGGCCACAACACUGAAACCACUCCGGACUGUCUGCCAUGUACAGCCGGCCGCUGGUCGCAGUGGUCCGAGUGGAGCGAGUGUGCACCGGACUGUACCCAGACGCGUCAUCGGUCCUGUAUCGGCGGACCGGUGGUGGCCUCAUCCUCGUCCUCGGCGGCAGCUGCCCUGGUAGCGAACACGACCCUGGACAAGCAACCGUACGAUGGUAGCACGAUCAACUGCGUCGGCAAGAGUCUCCAGUCGGCCAAGUGUACCGGCGGAGCGUGCAGCUACAGCGUUCAAGGAUCAAACUGGACCAUCUAUGUGGGGCUGGCUCUGACGGUGGCAAUAUGCAUUGCAAUCGGAGCCGGGCUCAUGAAGCUGGCACGGCGGAAGAAGACGAUUCCGGCUUACAAUCUAGCUAGAUCAGAAAUGCCAUCCGAGUACUUCCCGACCGAAAGCAAGAAGCUAACCCAUUUUCAGCCCGAUUUGACGCAUAAUACGGUGGCCAUAAAUUACGAGUAUCCCCUGACGCCGCACCACCAGCCAACGUCCCAGCAUCAUCUCCUCCAGCAUCAGCAGCAGCAGCAAUCAGCGCAUCCCGGUAUGCUCACGACGACAUCGGCGACAGGACUACAACAGCAGCCGACCCUGCCAGGACAUCACCAGAGCAAUUCACUCAAAAAUUCACUGCCAUUCCCUCGGUCCAACUCCGAGCAUCACUACGACGUGCCACAUUUGUGUAAUAACUACAUGUACCCGCUAGACAAAAUCAGCAUCAAUGAAUCAUACUCGUCGUCCAGCUACUCGAAGCGUGUCUGCAGCGUGGAAUCCCUGGCCACAUCGACCAACACAUCUGGCGACUCCAACUACGAUCAAGCUCUGGUAGUCAACUCCGCGCUGCCCGUCCCAAUUGAUCAAACAUCCAACGGAUUGCGCACCACCGACUACACCCAGAUGACCUUGACGCCGGCGGGCGCCCUAAUGCGCCUUAACACCUACUUCGUGGCGCUUCUCAUACCAGAGGGAGCCAUCUCCAAACACCAGAAGCAAAGCGUUGUCCUAUCCAUCGUCAAAGACGACAAGUUCUCCAUCCAAAGCCAAGGAUCCCGGAUCACCUUCCUCAGCCCGGUGGUGUUCUGCGGUCCUCCGGAUACCAAAGUACACAAACCCAUCGUCCUGAAGGUGCCUCACUGUGCGGAGAAUCUAUCCAACUGGCAGUUUUCGUUGUACCACUCAGCGGAUGGAUCCGGCCGGUGGAAUGAAGCGGUUAUCAUCGGGAAAGAGAACAUCAACACUCCGGCAUUUGUCCAGAUAGACAAACGGUAUGCGUACGUGUUGACCGAGGCCUUUGGGAAGUAUGUGCUGGUGGGAGAAUCGGCCAACGACAUCCAGGAGCGAGUGGCCUGCAAAAAGCUGCGCAUGUUCAUUUGCGGACCGUCUACGGUACCGGAAUUUUCGGACGUUAGUGUAAGAAUUUACAUCGUGGAGGAUAAUCCGGGCGCUGAGGAGAGAUGCCGGUACUGUGAGCAGGAGAUUGGAGGGGUUCUGUUGGGGAAGAGUACGGUGCUGUACUUCUCCGAUAACAGUCAAGAUCUGUGUAUAGAUAUUAGAUGCGUCGGUGGGUGGAAGUCCAAGCCUUAUGGCGAUCGACAGGUGAUACCAUUCUCGCACGUGUGGAACAAUAGCAAUUCGACGUUGCACUGUAGUUUCACGCUAAGUCGAACGGAGCACGAUAAGUGUGAUUUCAAGAUCGAUGUACAGGCGAUUCAGGAGAAUUGCGGAUUCAACGUGACUCCGUCGACGUUGAGCAUCUCAUCGUUUACUCCCCUCUCGAAAGAUGGCAGCAACUGUCAGCAUUCGUCAAGUUCCUUCGAAACGAUGACCAUUUGCAGUGUGGGUUCGAACUCUGCCAAUGGCGAACACAACGUCAUCAACACGGACAAAUUCCGUCUGAGCAAGCUGAUGAAAAAGAAGCUCUGUAAGUGUUUGGAUCCUCCCACGCAAAAGGGCAACGAUUGGCGCAUGCUGGCGGCUCAUCUCAGCGUGGACCGGUACCUGGCGUACUUUGCCACGAAACCCUCACCCACCGACCAGAUCCUCGAUCUGUGGGAAUGCCGAAACCGAGAUCUGAACGCGGUCUGCAAUCUGAUCGAGAUCUGCCGGAAUAUGGGUCGUCACGACGCGGUUAGCAUACUGCAAGAGAUUCAAACGCCUUCCUGGUUGUAGAUAUAGACUUAGGAACAUGAUAUAGGCAGUAAAUAAUAUACGUAACCUCGAAGAUGUACUGUAUCAAAACGAUUAGCGCAGAAUCCUACAGAAAAUCUACGCUACGCUUUAAUCAUAAUCUCCCUUUAAUCAGAGUGUUUAACCUUUGCCGCAACUUGGGCGAUCGGCACGUGAUUUCUGCUUUAUUUAGCCGCGGCUCUUCUCACAAGCCCGGUAGCCACACUUUAGUGAAGCAAACAAGAUGCACUCUGCCGCCGCUGCUGCUGCUGGCCAUACGUAUAUAGGUCAAGUCAAUCUUUAUAAAUAUUUAUAAAUCAUUAUCUGUAUGCGAUGCCAAUCCAAUCUAGCUUCAACACUAGUCCUCCCGCUUUCGAUAAAGUGAAACGUUACACCGACAGCAGAAAAAAAAAGAAGGCCGCCAAUGAUACUGUAGGUACUGAGCUCCGAAGAUUCCAGCUUCCACAAACUGGGUAAUGGCCGCUCCUUCAAAUUCCCGCUAACAAGCGCGAACGCGUGCGGUCAGACUUAGGCCGUUUGAGUUGCGGGCAGCAUCCACACUCUGUUAUUAUUUAAAUUAUUGUUUCGCUUCGACGACGAGCGCUGCUGGCCAUGGACACGGCGGUGGUUGUGCAACUUCCCAGUAGUUCCUUGAUACUUCUAACCCGUGUUUAAUGAUCUUCAACUCGCGCGCAGGUAUGAUAUCACCGAGCACGGAGCAGCCAGCAGCAAACUAUUCGGAAUGAAAAGUUUGAAUAACUACAUGAAUUAACAUACAGCACAGCUUGUACAGCAUCCCUUUCGGCUAGCAAGAACACCACCACCGCCUGCCGUCUCAAUUGGCGAUUGUACUUUGUAGGGCUAUGGACGUACCUAGUAUGAAACGGUAGCUAACGAGCGCAACUUGCAUUGCAUGCAUGCUACGAGCGCUUCUGACUGAAAUGAUGCCUUCCAGGCGGCAGCUGCACUAUUUCAAUAAAAUACAGAAGAUAAAACACAAGCGGUUAAUUGAAUAUUGAUAGCUGAAAUUGAUUUUAUUUCACUAGAUAUGCCCACUAAGCGAACUGGACGUGAUUGAGACGUUGGAUGGGGUGCUGUUUCUGAUUUUUACGAUAAUGAUGAUGAUUGAGACGUACGAGCGAGGUGAAACUUUGCCAUGUUCAAUGUAAAAGAAAUGGCUGUGAUUUAGUAAAUUGCAGUAAUUGGCAUUUUAUUGGCCGAGCUAUGCAAAAUAAAUGCAGGUUUGCAAGUUUGUUGCACGAGGACCGGGUUUCUUGAAAGGCCGUUUUUCGCGAUAUUUGAUUAGUAGUUACAGGAAAUAGUUUCAAAAUCAUUUGGUUUUUAAUCAACAUGUUCCCAACACAGUUGUUAAAUUGUACAUUACCUUUAACGAAUUUUAUAAUUGGAACUACUUUACAGAGAAAUAACCUGUAGAAUUUAAAUCUCAUGUCCUGACUUAUACACAUUUAAUAGUAACCUUCGCUAGAGAGUCAAUAUGACAUUCUGUAGAGAACAACAAGACGUACAAUUUUCUCAAGAGAAACGUUCCUCUGAGAUGGAAUGGCAGGCAAUUUUCGAUGAGUUCCAUAAGUCUGUCAACCGUACCCUUGCUACACUCAAUGAAAGGCUAUAAACUGAAAGUCAGCUGUCUGAAAGAAGCUAGUGUCAGUCGAAGAACACUUCCCUGUCAACAACUAUUUGGGGACCAUUUACGAUUUAAAAAAAAAAAAGUUUUACUACAUCGCUGCCCAUCAUCGCAACGAGUUUCAUGAUGAUUGACCAUGCUAUGUUAAUAGAGAUAUUUGGUGAACUCACCAUGGAAGUUCGGUCAACUUUUCAAAAUAAGAUCUUAGUUCUUAGGUCGCAAAAACUUUUUGGAUGUUCAUUGGGCUUUUCUGGACGAUUCUAAAAACUUUCUUAAGCAUCCUGAAAUUGCAGUUGUAGAUGAGCUUACCUGAAAUUCUGAUAAAUUUCUUUAAACUUUUUGAAGUGUCUGAACAUUCCCUAAGCUUAUUUUGCAUACGAUUUCUAAACGUUUUUAAAUUUCAUUAAUCUUGCCUGAUCUUCUCCAAAGCUAUAGGAAUAUUUAGAAUCUUCUCUGACUUUCUUUGAAGGUAUUUGUAUACUUCAAAGUUUCCUAAACUUUCCUAACCUGCAUUGAAAAUCGUUUAGCAACUUUAAAAUUUUCUAAACAUCCCAAAUGAUUCCUGGAACUUUCCAUAAUUAAAUAAACUUUUCAUAAGUUCCCUGAACCCCUCUACGGCGCUAUAAACUUCUUCAAAGCUCCAUCCACUGCUAUUAUUCGCAUG